ACGACAAGUAAAACCAGGAAGCGUCAGGUGUGCGAGUCAUACAGUUUAACCCAACCCAACCAAACCAAACGGACUUCGUGUUAUUGCAUACAUUUUUUCGGCUGUACCUGAAUUUUAAAAUAGUUAACUGGUGGAGUCUCGUGAACCAUGAAGAUAAAACCAAACUCAAAACUACCGGUGGCAGCAUCAGGCGCGUGUAGCUGACGGUUUUAACAAGGAAAUGCCGCAAAUCCUAAGGACUGUGGCGGCUGUCAUGGCCCUACUAUAGGUGAUGCUCUCGUGAACUGGCUAGUAUUACCAAACAUUGGCUGAUGAAGUUUCUGCCUCCUCUGAGGUUGAGGAGAAAUGGAUGAGGUGAUCACCCUGAGCUCCAACUCCGACGACUCCGAUGUGGAAAUCGUCGGCUCCUUUACCACCACCAAGGAUGAGCCGCAGCCCCUGACAGCUGUGCGAAUUGACGUCAAAGCCGUGAACGUCAACGUUCCACCGCGUUAUAUUGACCUUUCAGAUCCAAGAUGGACUCUUCCAGAGCUGAAAAUGCGCAAAAGAGAAAAUUCCACUGCCGUGGCAGUGGUAGACUUGACUGAAAGUGAUGUAGCAAAUGGGACAGAACAGCAAACACAGAAUUUGUUACCGGGUGACUGUCGCAUAAAAAAUGAAAGUUCAGAUAAAAAUCAAACUUCAGACAAACAAGAUUUAAAUUUACAGACAAGCAGUUCACAAGACUCAGCUGUUGAAGCUCCACAGCAGGACUGUGGUAACCUAAAGCCAAAGAUAAGACGCUUGAAUUCUCAAACAGAAUCCCAAACACAGAGCUGUGACGUACGUCCCUGCAAUCACGCACCAGCUGUAAAACUGAGUCGAUUGCCUUUUCUUGAAAUGCAUGUCAAGGAUCUGAAAACAUCAAGUUGUUCUGUCUAUUUAACCAAAGACUGCGCACAAAUGUCACUGUGCUUUAGAGAACUGGACGUUAACAGCAGUGCACCAGAGUGCAUUAACAAUUUGAGUACGACUACAGCAUCAAAUGGUCCUUCCAUGGAACCUUCACUGGAUGAAUCUUCUGCUGGGGUGGCUGAAUGUGUUGUCGGACAGGAACAACCAGAGAACAGUAAUGAAUUUACAAGCACACUGUUACAUGGCCUCUCUGAUCACUCAUACCCCCACACUCCCACUACCAGACAGAACCCCUCUGAGCUUUUAGAUCUUGACUCUCCGUCCCACAGAAGUCCUUUAUCACAUGAUCUUGAGAGCCAAGUUGACCAAGCACCUACUUCUGAAAAUACACCAGCUGAAAACAUGUCUGAAUGGCAACUGGAUGAGGAUAUGGCUGAAAGGGCCUCAAGCAGCCCUGACUUCUUGCAUUGCAGCAUCCCUAGUGAACCUAAAACUGCAGACAUGGAUGAAGGGACAUAUAGAGGGGAUAUGGGAGGUGACAGUCCACUGGCUUUCCUUUGGCAAGAGGAAAGUGAUGGAGAAGAGGUGAACGAAGAGAGCAGAUUCGAUAUGGACUUCAGGGCGGCCAGUCGGGAGGACAGGGACUUUGUGUGCCCGGUUACACUUAGGAAAAUGAUGUCUGGACCAGGCCAAGACUUGAUUGAUGUAGAAGAUGAAGGUUUUGGAACUCCAGAGGUGCUGUGCCGCCAGAGCCUGAGCCUGGUUUACAGUACCAUUGAUGAGAGCUACCCAGAGGGGACUUUGCAGCUCCUGUCUGAUCUACUACAGCCUGGUUUCUAUCCCCCCAGAGAUAUCACUAACCACCUACUUCGCAGCAUUCUGCUAGACAUGCAGUGUCCCCAUCACCUGUGUGUGCAGGCCUUUAAUCUGCUGAUGAGGACACAGAGACACCACAUGGCUGAUAAAACCACAGUUCCAUGGGACUGGGAGUUGUUGACCUCAGUCAUGGCCAAUCAGGACUGUACAAAGAGACAUCGCUGUGAGGUUGUGCGCAUGCUCCUGGAGUACAUCGUGCAGACUCUGGAGGACGACUUCCAGGCAAAAUGUUCUAUUGCCCCCCACCACUCAAUUGCUAAAGCCACAUUGUCAUGUGAUCACCAGUUCCCUCAAGUUAGGGACGUCAUCAAGUGGCUUUUUUCUGCCAUUAUGAAAUCAACAGAGCAUGGAGACACAAGAGAAAAAAACAGAGAAAGAGAUGAACAAAUCAGAAUGGUGUCCAUCUUCCAGAGGAUGCUGUCUCUGGCUUUGGAGGUGGACCGCUCUCCAGCCCUCAGCUCUGCCAAGCUGUCCCAAGAGCUCUUCCAUAUGCUCAUCAGCAAUGUGCCUUUGAGAGCACACAGGAUGUUGUUGCUGGAGAGCCUGCAGAGCAAGCUGCUGAGAUGUAAGCUGUUGGAACAUCUGUUGGACUAUGCAUGCCCACUGAAAAUCUCUCUGCCCUUGUCGCUUAGUCUGCUGCUUCACUUUCUGAAGAACUGCACUCUGGCACCAGAUCCUAUGGACGGUAAUGAAAGGUGGCGGAGGUGGGAAGAGUUGGUCCAUCUUCUGUGGAUGUUACUGCUCAGCUACAACAAAGCGAUGAAAGGCUAUCUGUGCAGCUCAAUCACUGAACAAAGAGGCAGAGUUGGCACACUGGUCUACAAGCCGGAUGACAAGGUAUCCAAGUCUGCCAUUAGUGAAGCUGUGGAGGCCUUCCUGUCCAGAUCCCAGGCUGACCUUGGCCAAGCAUUACCUCUCCAUGUGGAAGAAUCGCUCACUUACCUACAGGAUCACCUGCUGGAUGUCUGUCAGUGUUGAAUUAAAAGCUCUUUGUUGUUUUUAUUUUCUUGGAAGGCCUUGGAAAGCACUGAAUUAAUUUAAUAUUUAUAUUUUUGUAUUGGUGCCCUUGAACUCUUGCUGUAUUUUAAAUUAAGGCUCCUUUAAUUUUAUUGUUUUGUAGCCAACAAAGAUAUGAGUUUGUCAUGAAGCACAAUCUUCCUUGUAUCUUCAUGCAGAUUAAACCAUUACAUCACUUCUUACAGAC